AUGUAGAAAUCAACAAAGUCUGCUGAGACGGAAAAUAAACCAAUCACACUCACUUCCUUCUCACACACACACACACACACACACACACAGACCGAGACUCUUCAACAGACGGGGAUUGGAUGCUUUGACAGCAGGGACACGGCAGCUCUUUAUUUUGAGAACUCAGUGUAAUAAACACACAAUGAAGAGCCAGACAAUUUUACCUGCCUGUUUGCUGCUGCUCUUGACACAGACUGCACUUGGCCAAGGAGAUACGGCUAGAGACCCAAAGAUAACAGUGAAAACUGUCUCUGAUGGGAUUGAGCUUCAUUGUGGUGAUGGCAAUACAAUUUUAAACUCAAAUAAUGAAGCUAUUCAGGAAUUGAAAUACAGAGAUGGCAACACAGGAGAGUACAGAUGUGUCACCAAAGGGGAGGACACUGACUUAGCAAAAAUCUAUGUGAAAUUUCGGAGCUGUGACAACUGCAUAGAGCUCGACGAGGAAUCAAUCACCGGGAUAGUUGUAGGAAACGUGGUCGCUACCAUUUUGAUAGGAGUGGCUGUCUAUCUCAUUGCCUCUCCGACUCGGAUCACUCCAAACACCACUCACAAGAAAAGCUCUGAUAGACAGCCUCUCGUUCAAAACAAACGCAGCAACAGACCCAGCGGACCCAACGAUGAACAUUAUCAGCCUCUGGCCAGAGGUCAGAAAGACUUGUAUGAUGAACUACACAACAGAAACUAGAGGGGCGGUGGCUCACUACCCUUGGAUCCUAACCCCCCCCCAGACUGAAGACAUACUCUCCACGUGGCCUUGCAACUCAAAUGUCUGCAGAAGGGAGAAGUUAUCUGUGAUGGGAGUCACUCAGUGUAUGUUUCUCUGUAUGCUACAUGAUACAGAUGUUUUAGCUUAGGAUCUCUUUUCAUUUAUUUUCACCUUGCCUGUAAAAUAUUGCUCUUCAUAGACCUCUGACAUAAUGAGCAACUUAGCUUGAUGCUCUAUGUCUCUAGUUCAGUGCUUAUCAGCAAUUGUUCUAAUUUGUUAGCAUUUUAUUCUAUUAAUGUUAUUCUUUCUGUCAGUAUUUGUAAGUAGGGCUAAGUGUUGAUUUUGACAAACAAAACUGACAUCAUUAUGAUGCAAAAUAAAAAAACUGUGUGAAAUAAA